AUGAAGGCGUGGUUAGGUGGACGACGCUUCGCUGACAACGAAGAGCUUCAAGCAACUGUAAGGGUCUACCAGGAGCUCACUGGCGGCAGACUUCUUCGAGGAGGGUAUAGGAAAGCUUGUCUCUCGCUACGACAAGUGCCUCAAACAUUUUUGACAGUGGACCGAGAUGCCAUCGCACAGUUGGAGUGGAAGGUGGAGGAUGUGGCCAGUGUGGGGGAGCGGGGGCUACAGCUAGCAUCGUCCGCCCUGCUACACACAGGACGACACGGUGAGGCGCGCAAGUAUGUGGAGCGGCUGUUGAGACUCAGCCCCAGCUCGGGCGCAGCGAUGGUGGUCAGUGGGUGGCUUGAGAUGGCCGAGAGGAAUACCAGAGCCGCUGCUAGACUCUUCAAGACUGCCCUCGGCCAGGACAAGAGCAAUGUAGACGCUAUACUGGGUGAGUUGGCAUCCCUGAGCCCAGCUGAUGGUCUGCAACUAGCCAACCAGCUGAUAGUCCGCUAUCCGCGCAGUACUCCGCCGCUGGCUGAGAAGAUGAGGCUCCUGUUGGCCAUGAAGGACUGGACACAGACUCUGGACACUGCCUCCAGGCUGCUCACUCUGGAGCCGGACAACUUGGCAGCGCUAGAGGUGAGGGCUGUACACCAGCUGGCAGUGGCCGGAGACUACGCAGAAGCUGCAGUGGCAGUGAGGAGACACACGGCUGCGGCCGAGGCCCAGGGAGCUGACUUGUUGUGGCCAGCACAGCUUUACUCUCGACUGUGUGGCCGUAACACGACGAUACUAACCGAGACAAUCAGACUUGCCACACAGGCGACACAGUUGAAGCCUCACGACACAAAGAGUCUGCUCGAGUUAGCCACACAACACAGACUGGCCGGUCGACUGGCUGAGGCAAACAAGGCGUACCGGACGGUCACAAGGCUGGACGGCACCUGUACCGCGGCACUGUGUGGUCUCACCUUGGUACAGCUGGCACAGACCGGUCUCACUCAGCAGGUGACACAGCAGGUGGAGUUCCUGGUGGAGGUGAUGGGCACGCAGCCUAGCCCCGAGCUGUUGAUGUUACGCUGUCAGUGUGAGCGAGACUGGGGACUGCUGGACAGGGCAGUGACACUGCUGACUGCUCCCGCCUCACACCUCGCCUACGGUAGCAAGUAUCUGGCCUGUCUCAACCCUGACCUGCUCAUGGAGAUAGCUGACCUCUACCCUGACACUGUGGAGGGAUUGGCCCGGCGAGUGGUGGUGCUGCGGCAGGUGGUGGACCAGUGUGGAGGCUUGGCGGGCGCGGUGUUGGGACUGGCUCGGGCACUGACCGCCAGCGGGGACUUGGGAGCCGCCACUCAGCUGCUAGCCAGAGUCGACCCGACCAACACGGACGCUCACCUCGUUCUGGCUCAGAUACACCUAGCUCAGGACAAGUACGAGGAGGCCAACGCCAGCCUAGAGUUGGGUCUCAGCUACAACUUGCAGGUUCGGGAACGUCCUCUGUAUCAUGUGUUGCUGGGGGCCAUCCAGCGGCACCAUGGUGACACCCAGGCCUGCGCCCAGUCCAUGCGGACCGCUCUCUCACUCAACAAAGGUGAACAGCCCUUGACCGUAAGUGAGCUGGGAACGCUGUAUCUGGAACUGGUGGCGAGCUUGACCGCAGGUGGGAACACGAAGGAAGCGGCUCAAGCACUUGCCGAGGGGACCAAGGCAUUGGAGGGCACAGAGCAGGAGAGUCGGCUGACAGUGGCGAGGGGAGAGUUGGCAGCAGUGAGUGGGGACUACACGGCUGCGUUGACUCUGCUGGCAACCGUGCAGCCAGGGGAGCCUUACUUCCUGCAGUCCAGCUUCUCUUCCCACUCCAGUGGGUGGCUAGCUACUGGUGGACACAGAGCAGGAGAGUUGGCAGCAGUGAGUGGAGACUACACGGCUGCGUUGACUCUGCUGGCAACCGUGCAGCCAGGGGAACCUUACUUCCUGCAGUCCAGCUUCUCUUCCCACUCCAGUGGGUGGCUAGCUACUGGUGGACACAGAGCAGGAGAGUUGGCAGCAGUGAGUGGAGACUACACGGCUGCGUUGACUCUGCUGGCAACCGUGCAGCCAGGGGAACCUUACUUCCUGCAGUCCAGCUUCUCUUCCCACUCCAGUGGGUGGCUAGCUACUGGUGGACACAGAGCAGGAGAGUUGGCAGCAGUGAGUGGAGACUACACGGCUGCGUUGACUCUGCUGGCAACCGUGCAGCCAGGGGAACCUUACUUCCUGCAGUCCAGCUUCUCUUCCCACUCCAGUGGGUGGCUAGCUACUGGUGGACACAGAGCAGGAGAGUUGGCAGCAGUGAGUGGAGACUACACGGCUGCGUUGACUCUGCUGGCAACCGUGCAGCCAGGGGAACCUUACUUCCUGCAGGCUCGCAAAAAGAUGGCUGAGAUUCAUCUGCACAAGUUGAAGGAUGAGCGGGCGUUUGCCGAGUGCUACAAGCAACUGGUGACCAGCAAGCCUUCCACAGAGAAUCUUCUGCUGCUGGGAGAUGCUUACAUGGCCAUCCAGGAGCCAGAGUUAGCCGUGGAGACUUACGAGAGAGCCAUGAAGAGUUCAUCCUCAGAUCCCAAACUGUCGGCCAGGCUCGGGCGGGUCCUGGUGAAAUGUCACCAGUACGGCAAGGCCAUCAAGUGCCUCAGGGAUGCUGGUGCAGAAGGAAGCCUGGAACUAGCUCAGCUGUUGGUGAGGUUGGGACAGUUGGAAGCUGCGGAGAAUGCCCUCACUGAGGUUCCAUUGUCUGACAAGGCUUUUAUACUGGCCAAGGUGAGAGAGAAGUCUGGUGACAUCCAGGGUGCGAUGAUGGUCCUGAGGGAGGCCAGGGAAGGUCUGGGUCCUGCAGAGGUGGGGCUGAAUGCCAGGAUGUGUGCACAGUUGGCGGAAUAUGCCAGCACACUGCGUGAACACGAUUCGGCCAUCGGCUUCUACAAGCGAGCACUGCAGUACCAACCCGGAGACGCACACAUGGAGAUAGCUCUCGCCAAGCUGUACAUGCAGGUGAACGAUUGGAGCUCCUGCCAAAAUGUUUGCUCCACGCUGCUGUCACGUGACCCCGACAACGAGCCUGCCCUGCUCAUGUUGGCAGACCUGGCGUACCGCCGGGUGGACCUGCCCGCUGCUGCAACCCACUUUUCCACCCUGCUGGCCCGCCACCCCACCUACUGGGUGGCCCUGGCUCGCCUGGUGGAGGUCUACCGGCGGACUGCACAGUUAUCGCAGGCACAACCGUUCCUGCAGGCUGCGGCCGCGCUCGCUCCCGGACAUCCAGGACUCUCCUACUGCACCGGGCUUUACGAGUGGUAUGUGGGGAAUGUAAACGCCGCUCUCCAUCACUUCAACAGUGCCCGUGGGGACUCUGAGUGGGGACAGCAAGCCUUGCACAACAUGGUGGAACUGUGUCUGGCAGGGGACUCCGGGGACGGGGCCUCUGUGUCCACAGGGACGAGGCUGCUGUCCCAGAUGUCUCCUCACACAGCGGAUGAAGAGAGCAAUGUCCGGCUACUCCAGAACUUUGUGCUGCUGGCCUCCAAAGACAAGCAGGAUGUAGACUUGGCCAUCUCGGACUUGACCACUCUGGCCAGCCAGGAGAACCUCAGGGUGGGAGCGACGCUGGGGCUCGCCAACGGAUAUGUCCAACAGAAGCAGACGGCACGGGCGCGCAACCUGCUGAAGCGUGUGGCCAGCGCGGCGUGGCUGGUGGAGGAGGCAGAGCACCUGGAGCGCUGCUGGCUUCUGUUGGCAGACCUGCACAUUCAGGCCGGGCGACACGACGCGGCCACUGAGCUGCUGCGUCGUGCGCUACAGCACAACCAGAGCUGCCACCGUGCGUAUCAGUUGCUGGGCCUCAUCGCGGAGAAAGAUCAGAAAUAUUUGGAGGCCAGCGUGCAGUACCGCCAUGCGUGGAAGCUGAGCGGGGAAAAUGACCCAGCGUUGGGGUUCAAACUGGCCUUCAACCAGGUGAAGGCCAAACGGUACGCUGACGCCAUCGGCACGUGCCAGGCGGUGCUGAAGCUGAACCCAGACUACCCUCGGAUCCGCAAGGAGAUCCUAGACAAGGCUGUGAGCCACUUGCGCACUUAGUCACUCGCCGCAACUCGAAGGUUGAGGAACACCCCUGCGUGCAGCAACGGACACGUGAUCUUGGUGCAGUUGACCAGCGAGAGUCUGCGCAAGGUCAGCGUGUGAUCGUAACAGACCUGAUCCAGCAGAGACAAGGCCUCACGAUGGUCCAACAUGAGGUCUAUCAACUCCAGAUGGCGCAGGGACUCCAGAUUACCCAUCAGCCUCUUCAGUGCCUCCAACAACUUCCCUGCGAGUCAAUAUUUUGUGAAAAUUCUGUGGAAGAAUGUCUUUAAAAACGGUUUGUGACUAAAUUUAAAAUCUUUGUGUAAAUUUACAACAAAGACUUUAAAAAAUUACUUGUUCAAACUGACGCCCCGAAUAUCAUAAACCAAAGCCCCUAAGUUAAAAAUUAAAGUUUGUAAAAAAUGUGUCUUAAGUUGCAUACAUACUUGGAAACAGUAAAUAUAAAUACUUAUGAGAGAAAUAUGUUUCUUAUUAUCAGGUGAUACAUUCUAAAAAGUGUGCCUUUUUGUAGUAAAUUAGUUAUAUGAAAUUUAUGUUACCUUUCCUAAUUAAGAGUAUAAAAAAUUUGAGCACUACUUUAUUAAUUUUGUACAUCUUCUAUAUAGGUUGAUUUUUCAAAUAUGCCUAUUAUUUAUGAGUUACAGGAGAAUUGUAAGUUAGAGUUUUAUGUGCCUCUUUGUGUUUCCUGGUUGUAUAAGUUAGAAGUGAGACUGAUUAUUUGAUUCGUUUAUGCGAUGUAGGAUUUAUCACCAAAUUGUAGAAAAGUAUAAUAGUCUUUAUAAAUUUUUCAGUCACUGACUGUACAAGACUGAGUUCAUUGUUUUUUUUUAAAAAGGAUGUUGGAAUUGUGAAUCAUUUGUUGUAGCUAGCUAUGUUUAAUGUUUUUGUUACAUAGUGGAUUGUAUGAGCACAAGCAUUUAAUCAUGCUAAAAAUACUUAGAUUUAUCGUUAGCUUUGCGCUAGACUAUAUAAUGUUUAAUAUUUUGCACAUUUAUAUUGUACUUUAUUAAACACAUCACAAAGACUGUU